CGGGAACCCACUCAUUGCGAGCAUCUCCCCAACAUACAAUAGCCUCGCAUUUGUUUACAAGAAAAUGAUGAAGCAGUACAACUGGACCAACGUUCUGUUACUUCACGCUGACUAUAGUGAUGAUAUUUAUAAUAGUUAUGAUGAUCAUUAUCAUAUAGGUGGUAGAAAAAGAAACGCGAAAAUGGCAACCCACGAUAAGGCAAAAAGGCAGGAAGAUGCAAUCGAUGUUAUAAAGGAGGUUUUUAAAUCCUUGGAAAACGAUGAUCUCAACUUUAGUUUUGAGUCGUUUUCUUUUCCAAGUAAUAACGAUUAUGAGAAGAAUAUUGUUUUGGAGAAAAUCAAGAGGAUGGGGAGAAUUAUCAUUCUACUACUGGAAGAAGAACAGAUGAUCGAAGUGUUGAGACUAUCGAAGAAAAUAAACUUCGAUCAAAAAGAGUUUAUGUUCAUACUCACUUAUGAGCUCAUUCCAAAAGAUAAGAUCCUUGCGCCUUGGCUACGUAAUGGAACAUCGGAGGAUAUGCACUUAUUUGAUAACGUAUUUCAGGUUACUGCAAGCGGCGUCA